AUGGAUGAUAUAUUCAAUUUUGUGAACUAUUUGGAGUAUAUUGAAUUUGAUAUAGGUGAUGAUGAUAAUUAUAUACCAAGAAGAUAUCUUCGUAAUGUCGAUGACCCAUUCGAAUUAUAUAGCGAUGACCAAUUUUUUAAACGUUACCGUUUUCCAAAAAGAAUUGUACUUGAUCAUUUGUUGCAAUUAGUAAAUAUUAAUUACAGGAAUAAACGUGGAUUACCUAUUCCUACUGUUCUACAAUUAUUGACUACACUUCGUUUCUAUGCUACGUCGAAUUUCCAGGUAGUUUUGCUUUAA